GGUGAAUGCUCGAGUUUAUGAAUUAUGAUUGACCCUCUGAGUAAUGGCGGCAAGUAGUUGUAGUAGCGAUGAAAUGUCGGUCUCUGAUUUAGGCUUAGUUGAAAAUGCUAAUCACAAACCUUUGGAACAUGCAAUGGAAAGUGCCGUUAAUAAAGUAGAGGCACUAUUUCAAAAAGCCGAAUCUGACCUUGAUUACAUGUCAAGAAAGCUUGAAACUGAAUUCUCAGAGGACAAUAUUAAUGGCGAGCAGAUCAACCCACCCGACUUACUUGCAAGGUUACAUCAAGUGAAGAAAGACUAUGGUGCAAUUAUCAAGGAAACAGAAGAGAUCAAGAAGGCUCAACUAGAAGCCGCUCAGUUCUUUCAAACACAGUUGAUGACAAUCUGUCAAACAAUGAAGAAACUUGAAGUGGCUAGUGGACAUGAGCUUCCAGAAUUGUCAGAAGAGGAACAGCAGACACUACAAGCACUAGGUUUACCUAUGAACGGAAGUGAUAUCAACUCAGAUGAUUGUAACGAAUCUGGUGCCCAGGUUUAUAGGACAUUAUAUGAUCAUUUCCAAAGUGAGAGUUCAUCAUUAUCAGUACCAGACAUGACCAAGAUGGCCAUGAGGAUAACUGGAACUACUGGCACGGCUAAACUUAAGGUGCUACGUUCCUUGAAGCUUGUAAAUAUUGCAAAGGACGGUUCUGUGAAGAUGUGCUGUUAGUUGAAGAUGUGCUGUUAGUUUGAUAUUUCCACAUGAAUCACAUGUACUUCGAAAUUUCAAAUAUCCUAGAUGAUCAAGUUGCUGGUAAGGGACCUGAGAAAAAAAGAAAAGCACUGUUUACACCUGUACUGGUACGGGCAUUUAUAAUGCGCCUUUUCCUUGUGGUUAUAAAGCGCAUUUCUUUUCCCCUGGUCAUUGGAUCAACAUGCUUUAAGUGUUGCUGCUGGUAAUCAGCAACCCCACCAGGUACCCAUUUAUACUCCUUGGUGGAGAGAAGCAAUGUAGAUAAAGUGCCUUGCUCAAGGACACAAGCGAAAUGCACUGCAAGGGAUUGAAACGUCGACUUCAGGUUUCGGAAACCAAACCGUUCCCACUGCGCCAAACUGCUUCUGACUGUAAAAUCUUCCCACAAGAAAGGCAAACUACUCCUUUGUCGAUUGUCUAAUUUGUUGAUUGAAACUCUGCCAAAAUGCGAGAAGCAUUCAUUGUGUGUUGGUACAACCUAGCAGGUAUGGCACAGGAGGCUGCAGCCUCUCUUUGCUCUUUCUACUCAUAAAAAAUGAGUUUCAUUUUCAGCUGUUGUUGAUGAAAUCUUACCUCUUCUGGCAACAAAACGUCAGUGUCCAUACUUUGUUUAUUUCCAGUUGAAUAUCUCUCUGGUCAUGAGACACUUAAAUGCAAGUCCAUACCUCUUGAGUACAAUCCUCUCUUGUUUGGUUUCAAAAGACCCAACUCAAAUCCCAUCCUAUUAUAAUUUGUUAUCGGCCAACAAUCUUUCAAUCAAUAGAAGAGGAGCCAUUUGUUACUUCAUUCUAUAUUCAAACUUUAUUUAUAGAGGGUAAUCCUUCCAACUGGACCAAGAAGGCCAGCUGAUAUUCAGGGGCCUUCUAUUAAAUAUGUAAAACACAUCAGAAAAGAUGUUAGAAUCAUAAUUAGAAAAAUAAAAAAUGAUUACUAGCUGGAACUGCUUGUGACAGGUAACUUACUAAUACCUGUGCUCUUGUACUCUCUUUUGUAACUUUGUUGAUGUUUUACAUCUUUGGAUUUUUAUUUGGUAACUUUAUAAGGAUGCACCUUUGUACUUUCAAUGUGUGCCAAUGUUUGAUAAGUGUAUGUCCAAAUAAUUAAAUAAACUGUCCAUGUCCUCAUUUUCUUUCUACUCAUUAUGACCAAUAUCAGUAGUUUGGAAUGCAGAAGGCGACAGCCUCUCUUUACACUUUCUACUCAUAAAGAAUGGGUUUCAUUUUCGGGUGUUACAACCUGAUCUUAAAAAUUAACCUUACCAUUAAACAACAGAACUUCAAAAUGGAAUUCUGAUGAUAAUAAGAAAUGUAAAUAAUGUAACCUUAAUUCUGAUUAGGAUAUCCACCAUUUUAUUUUCAGCUGUCCAGCUCUAAAUGAAAUUUGCAUUGAUGAAAUGUAACCUAAACAAAGAUUUAGUCCAAACUGGCAACUAUGAACUGUAUUACGAAUUCCAUAAUGCAGAUGAAAAUACUAAAAUUGAAUAUAUUUUGGGAUGUUGAACUCUAUCAAUCAUCAGUGGAUGUGAAGGUUUUAUUGAUGGAUUCUGCAAAAGGUACAUUAAAAGGGCAUGGAAACUGCGAAAUGAAAUUAUAAAUUCCAUGCCAUAACUAUGCUUAUUUUUACUUUUAUUAUUAUUAUUAUUAUUUUUUUUUUUAGGUAUUCAUUUAAUUGAUUGUUUUCCUUAGUUUCUACAUUGCUAUUUGAUUUGAAUUUACAGUAUGUGAAUGGGUAGGUGUACUGUCAUGUCCUCAGUUUCUUUUCACUUGCUACAACUAAUAUCAAUUGUUUAUAACUUUGUAA